GUAUGCUAUUUUACAAAUUGGGCUCAAUAUUCACAAUUCGAUACCGGUUUGGUCGACCCAUUUCUCUGUACCCAUAUUCUUUAUGCUUUUGGAAAAUUAGUGGGUACCCAAAUUCAGGACAUUGAAUGGAACGAUCAAACGAUCCAAGCAGAGGUCAUUGCUUUAAAAAACACAAAUCCUAAUUUAAAAGUUUUGUUAGCUAUUGGUGGAUGGACUGCUGAUAAUUCACAAUAUGUAAAUCUGGUCGCCAGUCAAACCAACAUGGUCACGUUUUCAUCUAAUGCAAUAAGUUAUUUACGUCAAAGAGGAUUUGAUGGUUUGGACCUGGAUUGGGAAUAUCCUGGCAAUACUGAUCGUGGUAGUACAUCCGCUGAUAGAGCUAGAUUCACUCAAUGGAUUCAGAUUCUACAAAAUAGUUUUAUAGCUGAAGCCCAACAAACUGGUAAAGCGAGACUUUUAUUAACAGCGGCUACUGCAGCUUCUAUGCCACAGGCAAAUUCAUAUUAUGAAAUUUCAAAACUAGGAAAUUAUUUAGAUUUUGUCAAUAUUAUGACAUAUGAUUUUCAUGGUCAGUGGGAUGGACCAUCACUUGGAGCUCAACAUCAUUCUGCAUUAUAUCCUGAAGUGAAUAGUUCUGUUAUCGGAUGGAUUAAUGCUGGAUUCCCUGCUAAUAAAUUAGCUUUGGGAAUGGGUGCCUAUGGUCGUGGGUACAAAUUGUCUGCACAGCCAAAUGGAAACGGCGUUGGUGCGCAACCCAAUGGCUAUGAUAUGCAGAAAUAUUCAAAAAUCUGUUCAAAAUUAAAUACUGGCCAUUCGGUUGUACAGUUGACAAACCAGCAAGCAGUGGCUGCUGUUGGACAAACAAAUGGUCAAUGGGAAUGGAUUGGUUUCGACAAUACAGAUACAUUUCAAAGCAAGGCUAGGUUUAUAAUUGCCAAUGGUCUAGCAGGUUCCAUGGUUUGGUCAUUAGAUCAAGAUGAUGCGACCAAUGCAUGUGGAGGUGGGAAAUAUCCUUUACUGUCAGUUUUACAGAACAUGUUACCUGGGUACGUGUUUGCUCUAUCAAUUUAA